AUGUCUCUUUGCCUGAAUCGCCUCCAAGAGGAGCGAAAGCAGUGGCGCCGCGACCACCCCUUCGGCUUUGUAGCCAAGCCCAAGCGCACCGAGCAGGGCACACUGGAUCUCAAGCUCUGGUCAUGCGCCGUCCCUGGAAAAAAGGACACUCUGUGGGAUGGAGGUGUGUUCAAGCUGGAUGUAAUCUUUCCGGACGGCGAUCUUCGCGCUUCCUUCCAGAAUACCCGACCAAGCCACCAAAAUGUACGUAUUGAGAUCUGGGUUCUUCAGCACGACGAGUUGUCGAUCUGUGAUCGCGCACAGACCAGAGCAGUUGAACCGCGAAGGGAUGUCUCUCUAUGGCUGCUGACCUUACCUUGUCUUGUCGCAGGCAAAUUUACUCCUCCACUGUUCCACCCGAAUGUCUACCCAUCCGGCACCGUCUGUUUGUCCAUUCUCAAUGAGGAGGAGGCCUGGCGACCUGCCAUUACGAUUAAGCAGAUCCUCCUCGGGAUUCAGGAUCUUCUCAACGAUCCCAACCCCGAAUCCCCCGCGCAGGCCGAAGCAUACAACAUGUUCAAGAAGGAUCGUCCGGGUUAUGAGCGCAAGGUGCGUCAGGUUGUCCGUGAGAACCCGCCCAUGUAG